AUGGACGCCAUGGCAGCACUCGCCAGAACGGGGCCUUCCCUCGCCGCCGCCGGCCACAGGAGCUCCGCAACGUUCCGGCCGUCGGCGUCACUCUCCUUCGCCUCCGCUUCCUUGAGGAGCCGCGGCCGCGUCGGGCUGAGCACGGCGGGGUGGAACCGGAGGGCAACCAGGGUAGCUCGCGCCACCCCCAACCGCAUCGUCGCCUCCUCGGAGGUUGAGCAGACCUACAUUAUGAUCAAACCUGACGGUGUUCAGCGUGGUCUGGUUGGAGAGAUUAUUUCUCGCUUUGAGAAGAAGGGCUUUUUGCUGAAGGGGCUGAAACUUUUUCAGUGCCCCAAAGACUUGGCUCAGGAACAUUACAAGGAUCUUAAGGAGAGACCUUUCUUUCCCAAUUUAAUCGACUACAUAACUUCUGGACCUGUAGUCUGCAUGGCCUGGGAGGGUGAUGGCGUUGUUGCAUCAGCUCGCAAACUGAUCGGAGCUACUAACCCCCUUCAAGCUGAACCAGGGACCAUAAGGGGCGAUCUUGCAGUUCAAACAGGAAGGAAUGUCGUCCACGGAAGUGACAGCCCUGAUAACGGCAAGCGAGAAAUCGGAUUAUGGUUCAAAGAGGGUGAGCUUGCUCAAUGGGAAUCAGUUCAAACACCCUGGCUUAUAGAGUGA